AUGCGGCCCGCCAAGCCUGGCACCCUGCUGCCCCUGCUGCUCCUGCUGGCGUUGGCGUUGUCCCUGCCCGGGGCCCAGGCGAGGCCCCGGGGUCGCCGAGGAGCCCGUGCCACGGACCAGGAACCCCAGCCGUGGCCGUUUCUCCCCGCGGCCAGGGCCACCCGGAGCACAGGAGGGGCAAGGUGAGCUGAAAUGUUCCUAAAAGAUUCAAACUUAAAAGACAAAUUAAUAAAGCAUUUCACAGGGCCAAUCACGUUUCCAGAUGAAUGUAGCAUACAUUUCCAUCGACUGUAUCACAAUACCAGGGAUUGUUCAACGCCAGCUUAUUACAAGAGAUGUGCUAGAUUGCUUACAAGGCUGGCAGUGAGUCCCCUGUGCUCACAGACAAGACCUGCCCUAGGAACCCGCCCAAUGGACACUCGGGAAGGUCAAGGAGCCCCCUCGUUUCCAGGCCCUCGGGUGGUUCUGCGCACCUCGAAGCUUGAGAAGCUCUGUGCUGGAAAGGGAGGGGAGAAUGGAGGGAUGCCUGAUGAGAGCUGGAGGAAGGGCCGAGUCCUGAGCAGGGGACCGUGGCGACCAUCCUCCAGGUUUGCUGGGCAGUGA